CUAUUCAGCUCUCUAGGUUGCUUCAGUUGAACGUUCUAGGCUCACUCUGCAUGACGUCACUCCGCCUGCGCCGGAAGGGGAACAUCAAGUAUUCGUGAUAAGACGUCUGAGACCCGAAUGUGGAGCCGAUCUGUCCCCUAAGUCAAGCGGAUAGUAAAAUGGCGCUCUCCGGUCCACAGGUUAUCGGAGAGAACGCACAAAGUGGCAAGCGGAAUUAUUACUGUGAUAUCUGCUGUAAAAUGUGCGAGUCAGCAAAUUCGCUGGCUGGACACUUCACGGGCAACAAGCAUAAACAUAAACUGAAGUUAAUUAAACCCCAGGAGCAGAACGAUGCAUCCCGAUUGAGCGUCUUCCUGAAGGCCCACAUGAAAGAAGAGCCCAUUGUGGGCCUGGAAUAUGUCAUAGAGAGGAAGGAGGAGGACUACUCAUAUACAUAUUCCUGCCAGCUGUGCGGCUUGCAGAUUUGCAACUUGCAGAUCAUAGUUUCUCAUCUCGUAAAUCCAUCACACGCUACAUGUUAUAUUAAGAAACAUUUUUCGAUCUUAUUUCCCCAAUGCAUCAAAGUACGCACCAAACGUGGUAUUGCGCAAAGUUUGAGAGAUGUUGCAGUAAUGAUUCUGGAAGGGCAGGGGCAUAAGAAAGAAAUUCAGGUCGUGCUUCCUGAUAGUGACGGUAAAAUGAGGGAAGCCUCCGAGGACACCCCACCAUCCAAACCGGAGAGUGACAGUAAAACGAAGGAAGCCUCCAAGGACACCCCCCCAUCCAAACCGGAGAGUGACGGUAAAAUGAGGGAAGCCUCCAAGGACACCCCACCAUCCAAACCUAAGAGUGACGGUAAAACGAAGGAAGCCUCCAAGGACACCCCACCAUCCAAACCUAAGAGUGGCAGUAAAACGAAGGAAGCCUCCAAGGACACCCCACCAUCCAAACCUAAGAGUGGAAAUAUUUCUCAAUUAAAAUUGAGUCCAUUACCAUAUCAGGAGAGCCGUGAAAUUUACCGCUACAAUAAGUUGUUCCAAAAAUAUAUUAGCAAUGACCCACCUUUGGCCAAGAGGCGCAGGUGUUCCCCUGGCGGUGACCAGGAUGUCUUACCCUCAACAGCGCACACUUCAAAGCAUGGGAGCUCACACUAUAAUAAGAGCCAGGCCAUUACAAUGGAUUGUACAGCUACACAGGAAUUAGAGUUCAGAACAAAUGAUGAAUUUUUUGAAUAUUUUGCUAAUUUUGUGAUCUCUGAUGAUGAAGAUGUCGUCUUUAUUCGGACAAUUGCCCAAAACUGCAUUAAGACAUUGACAAGCUUUCUGGAAGAAGAUGCAGAGAGGCAGAAGACCGGUCAUCAGCCUGAGGCUCCAUUCAAGGACACAAGCAGGACUGCCCAAGUAAUCCCGGGGAUUUUAGAGGACGAAACACAAUGGCAUUUAUAAAAUUUUGAAACGUCGUCGUUCAAAGACAACUCUCAAAAGACCCUGCCAAACUAAGGCAUAAUGAGCUAUGGCAAUGGAGGGGGCGGAGCGGCUCGCAGAAACCCAGAGCCAGGUGUCAGUCCAGGGACCGGGCAGAUCCCAACUCUGUGGUCAUAAUGAUGCAGAGUGUCCCUGUCAUCACACAAAAAGUCCCAAGAAGUAAUCUACCCGUAAAAUAGGAGUGUACAUUCUCACUUUUCAUGCUGCAACUGCUGCUGAACUCACCUUGGAUGCUGAAAAAUUGUUCUGGAUCUGACACUCUCAGUAGAAUUGAUGUCUUUGGUCCCCCGCAGCGCUCACUGAACUAAUGCCCUUUGUGUCACCACUGUCUCAUGUAGGGAUGUGGAGUUCAGCAAGAUUUGUCAGUGGGGGACCCAGGAAAUCAACACUCCUGAAAGUGUCUGUUUCCCUGUGAAUUCCACAGCACAUUUUGUUAGGAUUAGAGCAGCACUAAUAUGAGCAGGCGGGAGAAAAAGGUGAGUACACACUUUUAUUUUACAGGUAGAUACAUUCUUAGCAGCUUUUGUAGAGCCUUUUUAGGGAGCACACAAAAAAAAAGUUAUUGCUAUAAUAUACAGACCAGGUAUAAGACGCAUUACCAGUUUUUGGUUUAAUUUUCUUGGGAUCAUAAUAAAGAUGUAACUUUAUAUUUAAUUUCAUAACAAAGAUGAAUUUUUAUAUGUUCCGUCUGAAGUGCUGAACGAUACAUUUGUUUGUAAUAAACUUGUUUUCACCUAAAACCUGUAAACCCAGCUUACUUGUUAACAGUAGUCAGGGAGUUGGCUGUAUAUUCAUUUCUUUAUUUCUCUUUUCUUUGUAAGGGUGCUCGUAAAUGCUCUGGGAUCCCCCAAAUGCAGUGCACUGGAUAUAUAAGUUGAAACUUUCUGAUCUAUUUGCUGCAAUAUUGACGAUGCACUGACCUUGAACAGUAUUUCUGAUUUUCUAAUUUAGUUUUUUAGGGUAAGUGACUCAAAGUACUGAAGCUAGAGUAAGCCAGGCAAUUCGUAUUUCCAGAUGGAGUUCAGCAGUGACUGCUUCCAUACUUCUCUCAAUACAGGUUUCGUUUAAAAUAUAUCUAAGGCUAAAACUUUUUUUGGUCAAGUUCACUAUUGGGAACAUCUUACACCUUGUUACACCCAGUUUUAGGGUGGAGCGUAUAACCUGUCCACUCCCCCUUCCUGUGAUAGCGGGCCAGUGAUCUUCUCCCUGCAUCCGCUGUCACAAUUUGAAAAGAGCGUGGCUGUGCAGGGCUCCGCCUACACAGCAGAAUCUUUCAUUCACAGUAUUGACAACCUUUGUGGCUGAUGGCUUGAGGUUCUCGAUGAACUAGGAAAGUGUUUUGAGCAUUCUUGUCAUUCAUUGAUUCUUCCCGGGCUGAAGUAACUGUCUACCCAUACAGGAGGUAAGGGCAGACAGCUACACUUAGUCUGCAGGAGCCGGAUAUUGCACCUGCGAUCUGUUGAUUGCAGGUGCAGUGAUUUUACAGGCUCUUGGGGGGG